AUGGAGCUGGUGCGCCUGCUGCUGCGCCUGAUGCACUGGAGCGGCGCCCUGCGGCACCCCUCCCCGGCCAGCGGCUGCUACCCGCUCUACUCGGCCGCCGUGCUCGGCCUCACCGCCUGCUUCGUCGCCACACAGGUGGCGGCGGUGGUGGACCGGCAGGCGGGCGCCGACCUGGACCAGGCGACGCUGGCGCUGUGCGUCGCCUCCACCAUGUGCGUCGCCAUCUGCAAGGUCCUCAACAUCCUGCGCUCCGAGCAGCUGUUCCUCAGGCUGGCGCACCAGGUGACGACGCAGCCGGAGGGCCUCUCCGCCUGGGAGCGCGCGGCGUGGGUGGCGUCGGCGCGCCGCGUGCGGCGUCUAUCUGCGGUGUACGGCGCGCUGGCCGCCUCCAUGGCCGUCACGUGGCCGGCGGCGCCGCUGGUGGCGGCCGGGGCCGGCGGGGGCGGCGGGGCGCUGCCGUUCGUGGCGCGCUUCCCCUUCGACGUGGGCGCGCCCGCCGGCUACGCGGCCGCCUUCGCCUUCCAGCUGGUCGUCGUCGGCGUGGUGGCCGUCGUCGUGCCCUGCAGCGACCUCUUCACCGUCGCCUGCGUCCAGCGCCUCGGCACGCUGCUGCGCAUCCUGGAGCGCCGCGUCGAGCGCCUCGGAGCCGCGGCCAGUGCCCCAACCCCUGGAGGGCAGCGCCCCGCCCCCGCCACGGGACGCGCCGUCGCCGGCGCCGACCCACUGCACCGGGCGCUGCGUGACUGCAUCUCGCUCCACCAGCGCAUCAUCAGCGAGGCGGAGUGCCUGAACCAGGCCGUCGGCGGCGCGCUGCUGCCGCAGGUCGUCGCCUCGGCGGCAGGCAUCUGUUUCCUGCUCUUCCAGGUGGCCAAGAAAACCUCGUUCCAUGUGGUGGAGACAGGCAAGCUGCUAGGCUACCUGACGUUCAUGAUGUCGCAGCUGCUCUUCUACUGCUGGUUCGGUGACGACAUGCUUUCCAAGGGUUCUAUAUUAGGACCAAAGGCUCCCAAGAUAUGCCUGGAAGAACGUUUCCCGAGUUAUGUUUUCGUGGCCGUGGAGAACCAGUUGCUGCCGGUUUCUGCUUUACGAGGUGUUUACACAAGCCAUUCCACAGCAGAAAGCUAA